GGUCCAGAAACAGGAAAAGAUAAAAGAAAAGUGAGUACUUUCUCAGUCUUCAUGGUACGGCCUUUUUUAGGCCCUUUUAAGGUUUUCUAAUUUUCCCCAUGGUGAGAUUUUUGUCAAGACAUCAAGUACGAUGGCUCUGAGUCUGACCACAAAUAAGCCUCUGCUCAUGGCCAUGAAGGCACAGAUUUACGACGAGCUCAGCAGGAAAAUGGGGGAAAGAGAAGAGGGAGAAAGGGAAAGGAAGGUUGCAAGUGAUUAUGAAUUGAAAUUUAGGUACUUUAAUGCGGAUGCAUUUGAAGUGUUUGUGAAAAUGUACAAAUUGGCUUUUGGGAGCAAAUCCAGCAUGCUGAGGAACAAUUUAACUCUGUGUCACUGUUAUUUUCUCAAGAAACCUGGUCUUCUUAGGUCUUUUCUUUCGAUCUCCCAUAUGAGAGAAGAUGUUGAAUCUGGCAUCUCUAUUGAAAAUCUCACAGAAGAGUAUAUAUGUUCAAUGAAGGAUGUGACUCGGGGCUUGAUAAAGGUUCUCUAUUUGUUAUACCUUUUCUACAGUAAGCAUAGCAUGAAUACAUAUUGUGUUUUGGCAUUUAUGACUUUACUGAGUGAUUAUUCACAUGGAAAUGUUUUGAGUAGUGUGUUUAUAGACCUAUUCUCAACUUUCGGUUGA